AUGCCGUGCGACAGGACGGCUGAUUUCUUGGCGUUUGCUGAGCGGGCGAGUCCUGGCGCGGUCUCUCAAGCCCAGGAAUUGCGAAGCCGAAGCGUCAGACAUACCGAUAACUCCUUCAACGCCUCGGCUGCAGAAAUCGGCACCCAGUUGCAACGCACAUCCUUGAAGCUCAAAGAGCUCGCCAAGUUUGCACGGCAAAGGAGUAUCUACAAUGACAAAACUGCGCAGGCUCAAGAUCUCACAUACGAGAUCAAGAAGUCGAUCACGGAGCUCAAUAUCAAGAUCGAGCACCUCGAGGAGAUGGCCAGAAACUCAAGAAAUGACAGUGGCCAGUCUCGUCAGCACUACAACACCAUGACAGAUAUGCUCAAAGGGCUUCUGCUGGAUGUAACGAAGGAAUUCAAGGAUGUCCUCUUGCUCCGAACGGAGAAUAUGAAGAAACAGGACGAGCGAAGGAAUCUGUACUCGUUCACCGGCACGCUGAAUCCGUCAACGUCCAUGUACGGAAAAACGUCGGACGAAUACGAUUUGGAAGGGGGCGAGAAGAUGCAGCUCACAGCACAGCGAGGCGCAAGCGCGUAUGCCCAAUCGCGCGCCGAAGCAGUUGAAAACGUGCAGCGAGUCAUUGGAGAACUCGCGACGAUUUUCCAGCGAGUCGCCACGAUGAUUUCGCAUCAGGACGAGAUGAUCCAGCGAAUCGACCAAGAUAUCGAUAACUCCAUGCACAAUAUCCGCCAAGGUCAGACGGAGCUGUUGAAUUAUUUCCACCGGAUUUCUUCGAAUCGCGCGCUAAUUCUAAAAGUCUUCGCAAUUCUCUUCGCAUUCAUUGUUUUCUUCGUAUUCUUUUUGAGUUGA